GGGCGAAUGGCCUCGGCUCCGUUCUUUGAGGUGAAGUUCGCCGACUUCUGGCUUGGCGAUCAGCUGAAUAGCAUGACAUUCUUGUUUCCCGAGAUAGCAUUCUUCAUCUGCUUUUACACAUCACAAGUCGAUUGGUCUAAUGGUUUGAAGUACGUCCCAUUGCCACCAGACUUGAACGUCGCAAACGGAACUGUGAAACCCACUGUGCCAAAAUGCGCUUAUACUUUCAAUACUUUUCAGUAUACCAGUUGCCAGUGCUCUGGUCUCCUGUUUGGACUGGAACCGAUUUUACGAGCACUCCCAGCCUGGUUUCGUUUUGCCCAAUGUCUUCGACGGUACCGCGAUAUGCGGGUGAAAAAGUUGUCACCUCAUGUGAUAAAUGCCGGAAAGUAUUCCACUACUUUUCUUGUCCAAGGAUGUACUGUAUGGAGGGCGUUGAGCAAGGGUAGCGCAUCUCUAAUAGGUUAUCUGUUGGCCCGAAUUAUCCAGUCAACUUAUAGCUAUUCUUGGGACAUCCGAAUGGAUUGGGGUUUAUUAGACUGUCAGCCUCCCCAUCGACUACUGCGUGAAGAGACAGUCUACCAAUACCGAGCCUACUACUACUUUGCAAUAGUGGAGGAUUUCAUACUCCGAUUCUCCUGGGCCAUACGAAUUGGUAUAGAAGAAACUCUGGCGUGCCCACCGGAGAUGCUGGCCACAAUAUCCGCCACUUUAGAGGUCUUUAGGCGAUUCGUCUGGAAUUUUUUCCGACUGGAGAACGAACAUCUGAAUAACUGCGGCGAAUUCAGAGCUGUACGUGAUAUAUUUAUUAGACCCGAACGUCGUGAGGCCGGUGUUAAUGCGAGCAACGUCAACGGACUGCGCCAACUCAACAUAGGAAAAAGAUUAAAGAGGAAGAGCAGUGACGACGACCUGACUAAGGUCGGAAAUUCUUAUCUUCAACCUGUUAACAAUAGUUCUGCUGACAAGACCACGAAAAGCGCGCGUAUAUGGGAUCGUGUGGCGAACGUGUUUGUGAGCCAACGACCAUCAUACAAGACCCAGCUGGACAACGCAGGCAUGGUCGAAAUGGUUGAAGCCGGCCAUAAUCGCGUCGGAUUUCAGUACGCCACUCCAAGCAAGGUGGCGAUACAAGAUAACUUAACGUACAGAUCAGCUGAAGACAUCUAUCCUGUGACAGCUGACCAGUCUGUCGGUGACCAGGUGGAUUCCACCCGCCGGACCAACACACCACCACUGUCGAGACUUUCAUCCUAUCAGCAAGAUGUGGAGAAUCGAAUUCGUUCACCGAUGCCAUCCAUCGUCACUCUGCAUGUUCCCGAAGAAGCAACGCUGCGUAAAGCGAAAUCGAAAGGUACAGUGAGCUUCGUGUCUCUGGUGGACAGGAGUACCAGUCCCAGCCUAAACUCAAAGGAUGCAUCUUGGGACUCUGUCAGUAGUUCGGACGGUGAGCCAGCUCCGCUACGACAGAAUGCCACUACAACCACUCUGCUGAUUGAGGACCCUGAGCGAAUGCAAGAAAAGAAAUGUGCCACACUUAGCCCAGAGUUUACCUCUCCAAACUCAGCGGAUACAUUUCGACCGCAGUUUAACGCGGAGUCGUACACCUCCCUUGGCUCGAUAACGAGUGGACAGCAGGACUGUUCCAACCAGAGCAGCGUAGAGCGGAUUGUGAUCGUUUCUCGAACCUAUGGGGAAGUGGAUCCGCUGCAACCGACAACAGAGUUACGUACUAGAAGCGCGUCUGAAAUGAGUUCAACGCGAGGACAAGAAGUACAAAACACACCGGUGGUAUGUCACACACCCGAACAAAGUGAAGCACAACCUGACAGACAGAUAGCUCAAACCGACCACAUCCGUUCCAGCCGGUCUGGUCAGUGACCCUCAGAUUUCCCCCAUACAUAAAUCAAGCAUAAUCUCAGGAUGUGUGUCGCACAUGCUCAACAACCCUGUGUAAUGUCACUCCGAUGUGACUCGCCUUGUCUCCAACGCCAAGUUCUUUUGCUCAUUCAAUCCUUUACCCCAUGACUUUUGUUACCUUUAAAAAAUUGUGACAGAAGCAUGGACGCAUACGCGUUGACUGUUGUUCGUUCGAUUGUUCCUCAUUCACAAAUCCUGAAUAUGGUCUUUCUAAUCUUCUCCCCACCAAGCGCCGCUGGUAUUAUACCUUUUUUC